AUGCUCCAGCCUCAGAGGGACGAUGGUGGAGGGCUGGUAAAGAUGGCGGCGCUCUCCGAGGAUGGGAGGUACGGAUUAAAUUGUGGCCAACAGAGCGCAGACAGAGUCACCGUAUUGCACGUCAAAUUGACCGAGACAGCACUGAGAGCAAUAGAGAGCUACCAAAAUUGUAUGAAUGUACCUUCUUCACGGCCAACAAUACAAUUCAAGGGACUCCAAGGGCGUAUUAAAAUUCCCAAGACCAAUUCCUCGUCAGACACCUUCAACAAUUUUGAUUUCUACCUGUCUAAUGUGGGCAAGGACAACCCUCAGGGAAGCUUUGAGUGCAUCCAGCAGUAUGUGUCGAGCUCAGGGGCCUCACAUCUGGCAUUGUUGGCAACGGUACAGGACAAGGUCACAGUGUGUGCCACUAAUGACUCCUACCAGGUGACCCGGGAACGCAUGACCCAGGCCGUGGAGGACACACGUGAACGUGGGACCAAAGUGAUCAAACCUGGGGGCCAGUACAGAGGAAAGCAAGUCCAAAUCCGUAAGCUUGCACUAUCAACCCCAGAGGUGGUCCCAGAGCGCAAGCGCUCCACACCCAUCAACCCAGCCAACACUAUUCGUAAGUGCCUUUCCAAUAACCCUGUGUCCCAGCGGCCGUUCCGGGACCGCAUCAUCCACCUGCUGGCCCUGAGGUCCUACAAGAAGCUGGAAGUGCUUGCCCGUUUGCAGCGGGACGGUAUCAACCAGAAAGACCGGAACUCACUGGGGAGUACCUUGCAACAGGUAGCAAACCUGAACCCCAAAGACAACACAUACUCACUGAAGGACUUUAUUUACCGUGAUGUCCAGCGAGACUGGCCUGGCUACACUGAAGAUGAGAGGACCCAGGUUGACCGGAUCCUUACUCGCAAAUUAGGUCUUCCUGCUGAGACACUCUCAUCAAACACUUCUCCCAAAGACAGUGUGCCCACAUCGCCCCAGAAGCGCCAGCCAGACUUUGACUUCAUAGAUCCAUUGGCGCCUAAGAAAGCCCGCAUCUCACACCUCAGCAAUCGAGGGCCAGCCGCAUCUUCAUCCUCCUCCUCCUCCUCUGACCGCCAUGAGGACGAGGGCAGUCCCAGCUCUAAACGCUCGUCCCUACCCUCCAACGUCACCUCGGGCCCUCCCACCCAUCUCCCCAUUUCUUCCCACCCUCCUGCACCCUCUCACCAGCAGCCCAGCCCGGCCUCCAACUCCAACUCACCCAGCACCCCGGAGGGCUGCGGCACUCAGGACCUGCCCAUUGACCAGAGUUCCUCCUGCAGAGACCCUUCACCCAGUCCCUUCUCCUCAGAUAGGACCCUGCAGGACCGCUUUCGGCACCCAGUCCCAAUUCCCAGACCAGCCUCCUCCCCCAGCCCUCCCCCUCCUCCUCCCCCUCCUCCUCCUCCUCCUCCUCGCACCUCACUCACAGUUACCUCCACUGUCAUCACCAGCCCUCCUUUGUCCAGCAGUACCAACAAGAAGGUCAAAAAGAAAUCCAAGAAGCACAAAGACAAGGAUCGAGAGAAGGAGAAAGGGAAACGGACCGAAAAAAGCAGCAGCAGUCCUCCCAGUGUGGCAGAGCGGGCUGAGGAGAGUCGUAAAGCCAAAAAGAGGCGCAGUGCUGAGGAAGAGAAGAGAGAAGUUAUCAACAAAAAUCCUCACAAAGAUCAAGACUCUUCAGACAAAGAGAAGCCGGUCCAGUCCACUGAAUUCUCCUCCACAAUUGAGAUGCCUGACUAUGUAGUGAAGUACAUGCCGUUGGUGUCCUUGGACCAGCGACAAAGCUACAAGGAUGACUUUAAUGCAGAGUAUGAUGAGUACCGCCUGCUGCACGCCCGUGUAGAGAGCAUCACCCGCCGCUUUACCCAGCUGGAUACCCAGUGCCGGAAGCUGGCACCUGGCACCAAAGAGUACCAGAAGGUGCAAGAAGAAGUCUUGAAAGAGUACAAAAAGAUGAAACAACACAGCCCCAACUACCAUGAGGAGAAACAGCGCUGCGAGUACCUGCACAACAAGUUGGCCCACAUCAAGCGGCUAAUAGCUGAUUUUGACCAGCGCAGAGCCCAGGCCUGGUGCUGAGAGCACAGCACACAUCUUCACUAAUCAGUAUUGAGAACGGAGUGUCAAACCAGUAGGGGGUGUCCAACUGGCUCUUAUUUAUUAACACCCCUUAAGUUACUGCCUCCACAACAGCCCCUCUCCCCUUUCCUUUCCUUUUCCUUCCCUUUUCCCUCUCCCUUCAUCCUUCUUCAUUCCUUCCUCCUUUUUCCAGUCUUUGAUUCCACAGGCUUCAUUGUUGCCUGCAAUCUUGAAAAUCUCACUUUGACUUUUACCCCCAUCUUUCGCUUUCUCAAUGAGCUCCUGUGGAAUUUCAUGCCACUGUACCAGUGGUCGGAGCUGCCUGCAUGUGUGAUGGGGUUUGGGGAAAAACUUCAACUCUUCUAACUUUUGAAGGAUUUAUCUUGAGGCAAAAAAAGAACAAAAAAAGUAUUUUUGAGCAUCAGAGAAAAUAUUAACAUGUAUUUAAGUAAAAAAAAAAAAAAAAAGAGGGAGAUCUAUUUAUUUUGGGACUCAUAGUACAAAAGAGGAGUCGGCAGAUGAUAUAUUGUUUAACUUUUCUUGAAAACAAUGCAAAAAAAAUUACAGCGGCCUUAUGUGUUUUGACUUUGUGAAGCCAUUUUGCACGCAAGAUCCAUUAUGUCAUCUCAUUUGGCAAUGAUGUCUCUCCUGGCUCACUUCCUCUCUCUUCCCAUGAAACUGUACUGGAUAACACUGCUUCAAGAAAUUGCUGUCAUUGCUGAGUUUGAGGCUGAGGAGGAAGGAAAUGAGACAGGAAGUAGAAAUCACUUGAGCUGACUGAGAAGCAACAACAGUAUGUGUGCAUGGAUUGUAAAUUUAGUUGUAAUGACCACGAGGGGUGGUGAGGGUGGGGUGAAUUAAUGGAGUAUGAUCCCCCAUCAGUGGGGGGGCAGUAUUCCCUGCACCAACAGUGUUUAAUGUUCACGGUGCAUUAUGGGUGCCUUAAGGUGUUUACACUCGGAUAUGUCGAGUUGGGCCGACCCUUAGAGGCCACAGGCUAUACACAAAGGAACUACAACUGCCUGGAAACAGGUUGCGUAUGUGUGUCUGUAUGUGUCUGUGUGUGUGUCUGUGUGAGAGAGUGAGUGUGUGUGCGCGCGCAUGUCUGAGCGGUUGAGGAAGGAGGGGUUGUUAAGUCUGGAAGGAGUGUUACAAAUUGUAUGAGUGUAUGUGUUUGUAUGGUUGUGCAUUAUGUGGAGUGACAGGUGAAAGGAAAAAAAAAACGUGGGGAAAAAAAGUGAGAAAUAUGAAAAACAACAAAAAAAAGCUGCUAUAGUGUUGGACCAGCCAGAGCACUCAGGAUCAACCUGGCUGGAGUAACAGUACCUGAUCUUAAUUGAAGAGAUGUAGAUGAUCCUUGUUUUCCAGAAUGGUUCAUCUCUUAACCCUGGAAAGGACUGCGGCCACCUCUUCAGCUUUAUCCUGCGGCAAACAGUCUGUGUUUCUGUUUUAGAAAGAAGCAAAAACUCGUCAUCCACCAGAGGACUAAUCUGUAUUACAGUGUUAAAUGUAUUUAAUUCUCAGUUUGAGUUCUGCAGAGCAGUGAAAGGUUUCAGAGUAACUUUUUUUUUUUUCUCUCAACAUUGAUACCGAUUUAGUUUGAUGGAUGGAUGAAUGGCUUCUAUAUAAAAUCUUUAUUUCAACAAGGGAAAAUUUUGUUUACAAACCUGUGUUAGUAUGUUUUACAAAAAUUAAAGACUUUUUCUGGGACAGCAUCCAUGGAGUAAAAUUUCUGAUUGGGGCUUAAUUUUAGGAGACAUUAAUACUGGAAUACGUGUUUCAUUCGCUGAAAAAAGUAAACACCCUUAUGUUUGGGGAUGUGAAGGGGAACUUAGUCACUGUGCCCCUGAGAAAUGUCAACAAUGGUGUUGAUUACACUUUUGUGGUGGUGAACCCCUUCUCAGCAGUCUAGUAUAAUAUAUUCAGCUAGUGUGGACAACUUUUUCCCCAAAAUAGAGAUUUAAGUUCAUAUUUACCAGGUCUAUUUCACAUAGAUAUUGGUGGUGGCAUUCUGUCAAAUAGUCAGUCUCUGCAGUAGACUGGCUGUUUUGGUCGGCUGUCAAAAUCAAUUUACCCUAAUUACAAACUCACUCAAGUUAUUUUGGACAGUAAAUCAGCACUUGUAUCUUGGAGGUGUCACAACAGUGGAUAAAAAAAAAUGUCCACAAGAGUUUAGGCUCUCCUCAAGAUUUACACUUACCAUAGCUGUGAGCUACACGUUCAGUGUUUUGGUUUGUGUGUUCUGUUUUCCUGUGCGAUGGUCAAUUUCCCAGAAUUUAGAGUCACAAAGGGUCACUCUGACAAAUUUACUUCGGAGGCCAAGUGUUGUCCGUCACCUGUGACCUCCUCUCAGCCUUCCAGAGAUUUCUGUUGGGUCUGAACAACAUGAAUUACCCUCAAGUAGGUCAUUAUAGUGGAAUGAAUGGGAGAGGAGGGUUGCUAAGAGUCUUAAUGAUCAAGUGACAAAGUAAAAAAAAAUACCCCGGCACUGUUUAGAUAUGAGAAACCACUGAAAAUCAAGUAAAUUUGAGUGAAAUCUGAUCCUUCCCAGCUGAAAAUGUACGAGACAUUUCAAUAAAAAAAAUCACAAGUUUUA